AUGGGCUGCUCCAGCAGCGCCCUCAACAAGGCCGGCGACGGCAACAGGCUUCGCAGCGAAGAAACUGAGUCCUGCUUUGUCCAGCCAAAACCACGCGCACUGGGAAGAGAAUCUACUUUGUGUGGCAAAGUACAAAAGGAAAGCCUUGCGCCAUUAGAGAAGCUCAAGAUCUCGGCCGCGUCCACAGCUAAUGGCGUUCAGUUCCUCCCUGAACAGCCUCUGGCAAAGGAGGCUGCAGACCCACCAGGAGCCACAGAGGAAACUCAGCCUCUGGAGGGACUGAAGGGGUCGGAGCCACCUCAGCCAGGUGGCAGAGAUGGUGCUCCAGGAGCAGGAGGAAAGGAGGAGGAUGUGGAAGCAGCGACAGAGGCUCCGCCUUUGAAAGGAAGUGCUGAGACUGAACCUUUAGGAGCGAAAGCCAAAGGUCAGCCUUUGAUAACAGCGGGAGAAAGGGACUCUGUGCAAGGUACUGAGGAUCCACAAGCUGCUGGAGAGAUGACGCCUCUAGGAACAGCUGAGAGAGUUCCUCUGGAAGCAGCCAGAGAGCCAGGAUCUCGAGAAGCUGGGGGAAAGGGUGAACAGUCCCAACUCCCAGAGACAGUUACCAAGGAGACAGAAUCUCCGGAGAUAUUGGAAGGCAGUCAGCUUGUGGAAACAGCUCAGACGCAGCAACUUCAAGAAACAGUGGGAGAAGAUGAGCAGUCCCAACUUGUAGAAACAGUUCCCAAGGAGAAUGCAUCUCUGCAAGUAUCGGACAGAAGUCAGUCUUCUGUGGCGACUACUGUAAAGGCUGAUUCACUCUAUAAAACUCCCGAAGGUCCUGGGAACAUGCAGAAGAUCCAACCUGAAAGAACAGUUGGAAGCAUGGAACAUCCGGCAGGAAUUCUAGAGACAGGGGCGAAGGUGGAAAUGGCCAGGAAAAUUCAUACUGACGAAGAGGACCAACACAUUGAAGGUGAGACAGGAGAAAUGGUUGAAACAGAGAUGGAGAGUGAGAAAGUCAGUGAAGGGGCUGAAACAAAAGAAGAAGAAACAGGAGAAGCCAUGGAUCUUUCGGCAGCCACACAGAUAGGUAUGGAUGGAAGGGUGAAGGGACACAGCAUGUUAUAA